UUUUAUUGGGCUCUAUGAUCACACAAAGUUCGAUGUUCGAUUGGACCACAGUUGUCCACUAGGCUGCAAUGAACCAGUUAACCUUUGUCACCUGUCUUUUGUUCUGGUCGGGAUCUCAAGCGGCCUUCCAGGACUUUGUGAUAGGACCUGAGUCCUAUGAAGAUGCUAACGAUGUGGUCCCGUUUGGUCAAGAUUUUUCGGAGGAGAUGGACGAGGAUUCAAUGGUGUCAUUCCAGGACGUGCAACAUGAUGGAUAUGUGGAUACCAAUCUGCUGAUGAAGGCUCUAAUGCAGCAUGCCAAACGAUUGGGCAUGAGUUUGGAGGAACUUGCUAGCUUAAAUAUGCAGCAAGAAGAUGAGGAAUCUGUGAGCGAACUUGGUUGUUCGUCUGGGCAAGACGUCUUCGGAUACCCAGAAAAGCCUACUUGGCGGGAUGUACUCUUCAACUAAGCCAAAUAAAUGUCAUCACACGGUGAUCAAAGCAGCUGAA